AUGUCCACACUGUCAACUAUGCGCCUGCAAAUUCGUUCUAACCAAGGAGAAUUGAAGAACUUCUUCCGCUAUGGUCAAAGUCCUUCUCUCCCAGAAAGUCCGCCUCCUAGGUACGGUAAGAGCGCCCUGGCCGUGCCGAACGACCAAGUCUGUCUUAAAACCUCCUCUGGAUCUGCAGAGAAUUUCCCUAUCCCUAUGACCGUGCACCCGUCUGUCUCCUAG